GUAGUCCUUUUUUUCUCACCCCCCUGCUACCUCCUCGGUGGAAAGCAGGGAGCCCGGCAGGCGAGCUCGGCCGGGGCAGCAGGAGGUCGGGAUCCGGGGGCUGCGGUGGGGAUUUAGGGCAGCCCCGGUGUUGUCUCGCUCGGAGGAAUGGAACCAGCCUUCGGAGAGGUGAACCAGCUCGGGGGGGUGUUUGUCAAUGGGAGGCCCCUGCCCAACGCCAUCCGGCUCCGGAUUGUGGAACUGGCGCAGCUAGGGAUCAGGCCGUGCGACAUCAGCCGCCAGCUCCGCGUUUCCCACGGCUGUGUCAGCAAAAUCCUGGCUCGCUACAACGAGACCGGCUCCAUCCUACCGGGGGCUAUAGGAGGCAGCAAGCCGCGGGUCACCACCCCCACGGUGGUCAAACAUAUCCGGACCUACAAACAAAGGGAUCCGGGCAUCUUCGCCUGGGAGAUCCGGGAUCGCCUGCUGGCCGACGGCGUGUGCGACAAGUAUAACGUACCGUCGGUCAGCUCCAUCAGCCGCAUCCUCCGCAACAAGAUCGGGAACCUGUCCCAGCAGGGCCACUACGAGUCCUAUAAGCAGCACCAGCCGCCCCCGCAGCCCGCCCUGCCCUACAACCACAUCUACUCCUACCCCAGCCCCAUCGCUGCCGCGGGAGCCAAGGUGCCCACGCCGCCAGGCGUGCCUGCCAUCCAUGGCACCAUGGCCAUGCCCCGCACCUGGCCAUCGUCCCACUCGGUGACGGACAUACUAGGCAUCCGCUCCAUCACGGACCAAGUGAGUGACACCUCGUCGUACCCCAGCCCCAAGGUAGAGGAGUGGAGCAGUCUGGGCCGGAGCAGCUUUCCCCCUGCAGCCCAGCAUGCCGUGAACGGGCUGGAGAAGAGCUCCCUGGAACAGGAAGCCAAGUACAGCCAGACACACAACGGCCUCCCAGCAGUUGGAAGCUUUGUAUCCACACCAGCCAUGUCUCCCUACGCCACGUCGGCUCAGGUGUCGCCCUACAUGCCGUACAGCGCGGCUCCCUCCAGCUACAUGGCAGGCCAUGGUUGGCAGCAUGCUGCAGGCACGCCACUCUCCCCUCAUGGCUGCGACCUCCCUGCCUCGCUGGCCUUCAAGGGCAUGCAGACGGCCAGGGAAGGCAGCCACUCAGUUACGGCCUCUGCUCUCUGAUGCAGUAGCUGCUCCAGGCCAAAUGUCUCCAGCACCGGGCUCACAGACUGCUCUCCUCAUGCAGGCGGAACCAGGCCUUUCUCCUCCUGACUUGUCUCCCGCAGGACUUUUCGGGACUGAAAGAGCUGAAGGCAGCAUCAGAAGCAGAGGGGAGCGUGCCGUUGCCCUUGCACUCUCUAAGUAAAGAUCUCAUGUCCCUCAAAGGGCCUGUGGAAACACUCCUCUGGUCAAACCACACAUAUUUAUUCUUAAUCACCACAGAGUUGUUAAAUGUGCAAUUGUUGUUAAGAUUUGUGUAGAAAUCAAUAAAGAAAAAUAAUCACAGGAAAUUCUGCCAUGCCUCAAAUCAGCAAAGGUGGUUAAAUCAAAGGGAUCUGCCAAUGACCUGUCUCUAGAGAACAAAUAAGGUUUUGUGGUCCACUGCUAUUGAGAGGUCACUUUUUUUUUGUCAUUUUGUUGAGUUUUGGUAGUCAAAUAUAGAACCAAGACAAUGUGUGGCUCUCAGAUACUUCUGGCAUUUCAUCAUCAUCAGGCAGUAAUAUAUUUGUAUUUUUAUCCAUUUGUAAAUACAGGCUUUCAACAGCAUUUGUUUUCACUUCCCAGUACAUAUACUUCUGCUUUUUUUUUUCCUCUUUCCUUGGAAGUUAAGAAGGUGACUUCUGGCUAUUUUCAGUUGUCUUUGCAUGUUUGGCGUGGUGAUAACUUCAGGUGAUGAGGUUUAGGUUUGUUUCUUUCAUCAUUUUUUUUUAAUUUUUAUUUUUUUUUAUUUUUUUUUUCUACGGUGGAAGGUUCAGCAUCUCAUGAAAUACAGUUAUUUCUUUAGCAGAAGAUUCAAAGGCCAAAAUCCUGCCAAGUAACUCUCCCCAGGUGCCCUCAGCCUCCCAGGUUCACAAAACACCACUUCUGUGUUAAGUACACAAACAGAAAUGAAUGGAAAAUAUCUGAACAAAGCUGAAAACUGGAGAGAAAAAAUGCUGUUAUUGUGAAAUGUGCAAAGAUGCUUAUAAAGCCAUGUAAGUUAGCAAAACCACCGUGAAACAGAAUUGUAUUGUCAUUGUCGGCUCACUUAUGUCCAGCAUUUUUGGCCCCAAGAUUAUGCUGUAAUUUUUUUUAAAGAGGAAGUUGUCUUUAAUUUCUGCUUUAAUGAAUGUAAAAUACGGCUCUUGGUAAGGUUUACAUUGUUGCUCUGAAGCAUUUUUUUCCCUUAUAGGUAUACUGGUGGUGGUGCUACAAACACAGAUAUUUAAUAUUAACGAGUUCCCUUUCUAGACUUCUGUAUCCAGUGGCAAGUACUCUGUCCCAGUUAUUUUGCUUUAAACUUUAUUGACUUUAAUCCCAAGAGAGCUAACAUUCUGACCUUUGAAGAUUUACCUGUUUUCUUUGGGCAAUAAUAAAAUUCUGAAUAUUAUUCCAGAAUGCUUUCCACAUGCUGUAGGUAUGUUCAGAACAUGAAUAUGGAAAGAAAAAUUAAGAUCGGUGUGAGAUUUCAUAUCAUUCAUAGAAUAUUAAUAUAUUGUGUAUUUUUAUAAAUGUGCAAUAACUUAAAUUACAUCAGAGAUGGUUAAAACAAAGGAGAAAAUGUCAUUCUUCAAAUAUUGCUCUAUCUCCAUACCACAUUAAACAUUAAUUCAGUGGGAAGGUAAAAUACAGUCCUCUCUUGAAAUACAGUCCUCUCUCUGUGGAUUUCCAAGUCUCAUCACUGAGAUGGCUGUGGGCAGUUUCCUAACAAUAGAAGUAACCAGUACAAAUGUUGCACACAGUAAAUCCACUAAAAUACAGAUGUAUGCAACUGGCUGCUGCCACCGUUGCUUUUUGCAUUAAAGUAUAGUUAACUGAACAGUAUUUCUAUAAAAAACACACGUAUUGUAUUAUGGCCCUAAGGAAGGAAAGAUCUGAUCUCGGAUGUGAUCCCGUACUCUCAGGCCUCAGUACAGCUAAGGAGUUCGACAGCUGGUUAGCUUUAACGAGAUGCUUAAGCCAUUGCCUUUCAGUAGAACAUUUUAAAAAAUACUCUGUUGGAAACCACUACAUGCAACAAAAUGUGCACACAAAGUGCAUUUCCACACUGCCAUGCUGUUAGUGAGGUGACUAACUAUUUUGUGUUCAUACAGUUGUAGCUGAAAUAAGGUGAAGGUUUACGCACAAAAAAACCCACAAAAAAAUGGGUUUAAUUCCAGAUAAGCUCUUAAGUAAAAAUAAAAUGAGAAUUAAGAAAAAGGAAAAAGAUCAUGAGCCAGUAAAUGAUUUAGUUGACAAUAGGACUUCAGCUUUCAACCAUUUUUUUCUGGUUUAUAAAAUUAUUGAGCAAGUGUAGCAAUUGUCACCCAUACAACACAAUGCACAUCAAAGGAAGAAGAAAUAAAAAGGUAAAGGAAGAGCGGUCUUCCAAAUCACACCUUUUGGAGUACUAAGGAUUCACAAGUCUGUAGUGGAGUGCAACAAUGAAACUUCUGGAAUAGAAGUCUUCUGAGAUGCCCAUAGGAUAUUGGUGUGUUUUAGAAGAUACUCAGAGAAACAGAACUUUAGCUUGCAUGAAUUGUUUGAAUUAUCUUGCCUUCAUCUUAACUGGGCUAAUUUUUAAAGCCAAGACAAGACAUGACAUCAAUUAAUCCUUGCUUGGGAGCACACACAACUUCACAAACUAUCUUUCCUUUAUGUUUGUUCAGCGCAGCUCUUCACGCAUUUGCCUGGUGUAAAUAAUACCUGACCACACGUGGAAAAUCAGCAUUGCUGUAUGUGAAGCGUUGCUUACCAUGAGUGAAGGGGUCUGACCUUGGCCUUUGGUGAUUGGCUUGUAGGUAUUUUUUGGUCAAAUUUCAAAACUAUUUUUUUUAAUAUAAACCUAUGAUGCAGAAUACUUCUUUGCCUAAGGAUUUUCCUUACUGUUUAUACUCACUGGUAAACUGAAAACCACAACGUGUUAGCUUAUUACCCAUUGAACUUAAAGCCACUUUAUGAUAAAUGGAAGGAAAAAAAAAGGAAUUGUUUUUCAAAUUAUAAAUAGGAUUCAACUGCUGCUAUCACGUACAGGGGCAUAAAUCUGGAGUGAACCCACAGGGGUCAAAGGGUUAAUUUGGGAGAUGUGAAGACUGUGUGAGUGCAGAAUUUAAGAUUUUGCUGUGUAAAGCCUAGGCUCCAUUCCUAGAGCAUCAAAUGUUUUCAAAGAAAUCAGUGAAGACUAAUACUCCCAGUGACAGCCCCACUGUGUUUGCACGGUCCUGAGGUAAAACUGAAUCUGACACCAUAUUACACUAGGAAGGAUGGUGGAUUGGCCUGGAAAAGGCAUUAAAAAAAGAGGCAUAUCCACUGGUUUGUUUUAUAAAAGAAUGCUGUGCUUUUUGGCUUGAAAAUGGUUCUCUUUUUUUUAUCAAAGAUGAGGGUGAGCUAUUAACUGAAAAAAAAAUCAUGUUGGAAAGGAUGUAAAACCUAAGGCUAUAUGUAUAUACAGUAUGUUUAAAGUCUUUUAUUUUUAUAUUUUGAAUGCCCUAAAUUAAUAAAAGAGUAAUUAUGCAGCAUUUUGCUUUUCACUUUUGAAAUGAUCAUAGUAGUGUCUUCUCUUUGGCUAAGUACUGAUAUGGAACCUUUGCCUUAAAAUUAUAAACUGCAACAGAGCUGAUUUUAUUAAUUUUAGCUACAAAGUAACAUAGGAAUGAGAAACUGCUGUUGUCAAAUUAAGACAAAAGAAAGGUUAACUGGGCAUGUCAGCAUAAGCAUCCUUGAAAGUGCUUAGAAUGCACAUCUAUUUUUAGCCAUUUGUUGCUUUUUAAUGCAUUAAAAAAGCAUUCGUGAUGAAACUUCAUGUGUGAACUGUCAUUUAAAAAUAACCAUCUAGAAAAAUAUUUCUUUAGGAUUGCUGGGAGAAAGGUUUGUACAUCUGUAAGAGGAAGAGCAUUUGAACUGUAAAGACAGUAUGGGGUAAUCCAGAAAAGUUCAGCAAUUGCAAGGUAUGCAUUCAUUUGACAACAAACCUUUAGAUAAAGGGAACAUUUUAAUGACAGAAUAAAUUAUUUAAAGAGUUCUUGAAAAUAAACUGUCAAGUGGCACACCUGCAUGAAACGAAACUAUGUCCUCAAUCAGCCUAGCAGAAAUACAUUUCAUAGAAUUAGAAAGAAUGGCUAAUUAAGACCAGAGCAUGUCACUGAAAUAUUGCUAUUGUUACAGUGACUGGGAAAAGCAAGAAUCUUAGCUGUGCAGCAAUAAUUUUUAUCAGGAAGGCAGAGGUGUACAGAUAGUUAACACUGCAUACACGCUGUCAGUCUAGAACACCGUUCUUCCACCCUGCUGUGGUGGCAGAAGGCAAAAAGGUAGUCAAGAUGCCCUGAGCUUUUUUAGGAUAUGAAAGUGGACAAAAAAAUCACAGUAAGAUCCUGUACAUCUAGAAGUAUUUCCUUGUUAUUUAUUCAAUUCUUGUAUGAUUUCCAUAGUUGCUUUGUAUCUGAAUCUAACUUGGUUCAGAGCAAUUGUGUUCAGUAUCUUCUGUGACCUGAGUGAGCUUCAUACAAUAUAUAUGGCUACGAACAAGUAGGACAUUAAAUUCGAUGAUUAUUUCUAAUGCUGUGGCUAGCCUUGCUGUAUGUUUUCUGUCCUAACUCCCAACAACUUAAGAAGCAGUUCUGCCACUGCUGAAAUUGUACCAAAGAAGGUACAACUGGAAUGGAAACAGGAACCAAUUUUGACACAUGAGUUUCUGGAGUUUGGCUCAUGUUCUUACUCUGGAGCUGUCUCAGUACACUACCUCAGUAUCUGGUCCUAAGGAAUUGUUCCAGUUUUCUUUUUUAAAAUGCUCUGAAAGUCAUUAUUUUGCCAU